UGCGAUGCGAGUUGCUUCUGCCACGUGACGUCCAUGAUGGCCAACCAAAAAACCGAGUUGUAGUUUUUAUCCGUGUUUUUGUUCUCUACAUUACUUGAGGUGGGACAGAGUGAGCCGGUGCGGCUUUUCACGGAUUAUUUUUCUUACCAUGUCAAACACUACGUCGUAUGUUUCUUACUUUUGUCCCCAAAAGCGUAUUCUUCAAUGGUCUGGUUUUGGUCGACUUCGCGGACACACUUUGUUUACCGACUGCUAGCUAAACGAUAGUAGGUCCGGAUGAAAAUAGUCUCUAUGUAGAAUCGAGGAGAAUUUAUUAAGACAGCAUUCCGUUUGCUUUGUAACUCGGACGACAAACUGGAGCCUCGAUUGUCCGCACCCGGACUCUACUGGGCACAAGAUGAUCGAGGUGGUGGCUUCCAUGGCUCGCGGUCCCGUGUAUCUAGCCGGCGAGCUAAUGGAGUGUCUCGUCACUUUCAGAAACCCCAUGUCCCACUUAUCCACCUCUGCGAGCAGUGAGAUGUUGGCCUGGGCCAGCGCCCAGAUCCACUGCCAGUUUCACGCCAGUGAGAGCAGAGUGAGUCUACCAAGCCGGGGCAACAAGCAGGACGUCCAGGCCAGCAGCAAUACGGUCCUCGUUCCGAGCAGAGGCGAGCGAGGCCAAUGCGUUCUGGAUACGCCGCCCAAAAUCCUAUUCUGUGAUCUCUGUCUGGAUCCAGGAGAGAGCAAGACUUAUUCAUACAGCGAGGUCGUACCCGUCGAUGGUCCUCCCAGUUUCCGCGGCCAGGCGGUGAAGUAUGUCUACAAACUGACCAUCGGGUGUCAGAGGGUCAACUCUCCCAUCAAACUUCUUCGAGUUCCCUUUCGAGUUUUGGUUCUGCAAGGCAUGCCAGAACCUCCAUUUGCUCAGGACGAGGUAGUGUCCCCUUCGAACCCGUUCCUGGAGGAAGAGGAAUCCAGCCGGAGAGACGCGCGACCUUUGGAGCGAGCGCUCGACGUGCUCAUGGUCUCCACGUCCAAGCGCUGCCCCCACGUGUUCAACAUCACCAACGUGCGAGGGAAAGUGGCAAAGUUCUGCAUCUUCAAGACCAUGUACAGACUUGGAGAGGACAUCGUGGGCACGUUCAAUUUCUCCGAGGGUGACAUUCCCUGCUUGCAGUAUUCGGUGAGCCUUCAGAGCGAGGAGGAGAUUCAGCAGGAGUACCAGCGGCGCCCCGGCCAGCCGCUCAGCGUGACUGGACACGGGCGGCAUCUGGAGUCCUGUCUGCACACGGCCUCCAGCCACUUCUCCCUCCCCGUGCCACUCAAUGUCACGCCGGGCUUCUGUACCGACGUCGUGACCCUGAGGUGGCGGCUGCACUUUGAAUUUGUCACCGCUCGAGAGCCCGUCGAUCCGCCCGUCAUCCAUCAGAACGAGUCGAAGUCGACGGUGUGGGCCGGCGCCGAACACGUCGAAGUGGACACCUUCAGCUGGGACCUGCCCAUCAAGAUCCUGCCCACCAACCCGGCCUUGGCAUCCUACGAAUCCCAGUUCACGGGGACCAACAGCAUUAACAUUUAACCGUCAACCGAGAUGAAGAAAGCCUGGCCCUCAGAGUUUUGACGCGUGCCCUUUGGUGUCAGAUGAACCUUUUUGAAUUCAACUUUUUUGCCAGUCAGAAUCCAACUUCUCGUCUGAAAAAUAUCCAUUUAUGUUAAAUUAAAAGUGAUUGACAUUA